AAAAAAUCUUUUAAAUGAUGAGAUUAAACUUUCAUCUAGAAAAUUGGAUACUCAAAUUUUAGGAUUUCAUUUUUGUUCUCAGGUUGUAAACAAGAACCACAGGUUUCUCUUUGCAAUAUUGAAGAAGCUGAAAGUUGUGUAGACUCUCCCCAGAACUGGGUGCCAGAAUACAAACCCUUCAUUAGUCAGAUCAGCAAUGGCUCUGUAGUCGUCUCAUUUUGGCCGAGUACCAGUCAGACAUACCCUAGAUACCACGUCUUGCUUGAGGAAGUAGUAGAUGUUAAAGAACGCAGAAUGCCACACUUCUUUGAAGCAUACUUUAAUUCACAAAGAGAUGGCAACCCUAAUGUGUAUUUUAACAACGUUUCCGAGGGAAUUUAUAUAGCUUAUGUAUCUAUUGAUGAAAACAUUUGUCCAGAUUGCACGUAUUUCAGAUCGAGCAAUAACAUUACUGCUCGUGCCAUGCCCACUCCCGCCCCCUCAACACCACCUACUUCACGCCGGAUCAACACCCGUCCUAGAGACCCUGAGGAGGUUAGCAUCUCAAAUAAAUCAGGAUCUACACUCCAUUUAGCAGCGCUGGCCGGAGCUCUGGGAGGAGUUCUUGGGUUAUUCUCAUCAUGGUCCUCAUAGCCCCCACGCGUAAGAGGAACUCUUUACCUCCUUUUAAACAAAUUGGUUUUGAUAAAGAGAUUGGAGGAGAUAAUUUGGAAAGAUCAGUCAUGUUUCAUCGGAAUAACAUCAUUACAUGCCAUACGGUUAGACCAUUUACCACAUCACAUUAUCUGACCCAAUGUUAGAACUUAUGUCUGUACUGAUCCCGCGUUUCUAUAAAGACUGGUAAAAACAAUUCUCGUUCGUAGUCUCCAAUCAAUAAGUGUCAUAAUAAACACGUGAAAGGUGAAUUAUCAAUAACUUCUCUGAUAUUCUUUCAAUUAAUCUUUGCAAUAACUCUUGAUAAUUUUUUAUUGCAAAGUUUAAAUAUGAAAUGUUUACGAAACACCACAUUGUUUAGAUAGCUUACACCUUCAAUUGAUUUACCAUGAUUUCUUUAAUACUUAGCAAUAUCAUUGAGAUAUGUUUAAAGAAAAAACAGGUUUACUCCAGUAUUUGUUUACGUUAAUAUGAUUUUGUUUCUUAAGGUUGAAAUAUGAGUUUUUCUUUGCUCACUUCUGAUUUGAUUCCUUAAGUUCAUUCUGUUUAAUAUCUUGUUCAAACUAGGCAACUCGUAUGCCACAUGAACAACGUACACACGAAGUCAUUAGGAACAUAGAAUGAUGACAUAUAAUUACAUGGUUACUUGUGAAUCUUGUCACAGUUAUUUAGAAAACACAUUUUCGAUACAUUAAGGAUUAAUCAUAUUUUUAAAGUUCUAAAUCUCCUCUUCAUAGUUCAAUGAUAUAUUCAAAACUAGAUGAUGCAUAUAAAGUGAGAACAAGAGUUAUUGAUUUUGGAAAUGUGUUUCCUUAACAGUACCAUUUAAUUUCUGUAGUCAUUUCAUUUGAUUUCAUUUCAUGCAACAUGCUUGCAGUCAGUGUGAUAAAAGGAUAUCCAACUUUCCUUACUAUUUGAUGUAUGUUUAGCAAACAAAGGGGAGAGAAUUUGUGGUAAUUACAAUAUUACUCAUUUUUGAUGAUUUGCUGAUAUCCAAGCAAGCAUAAUGAAUAAUAAAAUAUAUCCUUUGUGCUCUUACUCCGUGUUCUGUACCAUGAAAUUUCCAUUCUGUUGUUGUUAUGUUUUUGAUCUUCUUGCCAAUUAUGCUGAUCACAUAUUAGAUCAAGGCAUUUAAUUUAAUUAAUAUUCAUCCACUAGGAAUCGAAAUGGAGAUCUAAAAUUAAAUGUGUUAUGUAAAUGUGCAAUGUACAAAUGUGGUAGUCAUAGUUAUGCAUUUUCCCACUCUGCUUUUAACAUAAUUAUUUUUAUGUAAACUGUUAAACAGUACCUCUUGUAAAAUGACUCAAGAACUAUUUUAUACUUUUUGUCUUUCAUGUCCAGCAGUGGGUGUUACAACUAUGUAUUUCGAUAUGUCUCAUGUAACAUUUUCAUGCAGUGCAUGUAAACUAUGUUCUGAAAUAAACUUUAAUAAAUUUCUGUUAUACACAAA